CCAUGGCAGCAUGACGCCAAGUGGGCCGGAAGAUGACGCAAGACUACUUCCGCUUCCUCUACAACCGCACUUCCGGGUUGAAAGAAAGGUGGGGACACUUUCCGAGGUAUAUCACUUAGGAAUCAGGGCAAGCCCAAAGAAUUAAGGAAAACUUUCUUGAAGAACUGAUCUUCGCCAGGCGUGAGCUACCGCAUAAUCCCAGCACUUUGGGAGGCUGAGGAAUAAAAUGGAAGGAGAAUCAAGCAGAUUUGAAGUCCACACUCCAGUUUUCGACAAGAAAAAGAAAAAAUAUUCUGUACAUAAGGAAAGACCUCAGAAACAUUCCCACGAAAUUUUCAGAGACUCCUCUCUGGUGAAUGAACAGUCUCAAAUAACUAGGAGGAAAAAGAGGGAAAAAGAUUGCCAGCAUCUCAUUUAUUCUCCUUUGAAAAAAUCCAGAAUCUGUGACGAGACUGAAAAUGCCACUUCUACACUCAAAAAGAGAAAAAAGAGAAGAUGCAGUGCUUUGGAGGUAGACGAGGAAGUAGGUGUUACAGUAGUCCUUAUGGGUAAAGAAAAUAUAGACAACACACCAGAGUGUUUUAGAGAGGAUGCUGAUGUUGUUUGUGUUGACACGAGCAUGGAACAGAAGUCAGCAAGAGAGCUGAAAACAGACAAACUUCGUGGACUUGCUAAGUCACAUACAUGUAAGUCAGAAGCACUGCAUGAUAAAGCUAGAGAGAAAAAGAAUACAAAGCAUCGGAGGAAAGCUACAUCCUGUGAUGCUCUAAAGGAGAGCCAGCAGGCAAGGGACACCCUGCCUCAGUCAGAAUCCCCCCGGGAGGAUUCCUGGCCUUCCAGGGGUCCAGGGGAUAACAUUACAGAACUACCAGCAUCUGCUCAUAAAAAUAAGUCUAAGAGAAAGAAGAAGAAAAAGUCCGAUAACCAAGAAUACGAGACAUGGGCCAUCCCCGAAGGAUCGCAAGCAGGCAGCAAGGCUGGGAGUGAUGUGUGGGAAUCCCGGCCUACUGUGUGCCUGGGUGGUGAACCUGCAGAACUGCUAGCACCUGCUUACCAAAAAAAGUCUAAGGAAAAAAAGAAGAAAAAGUCCACUCACCAGGAAUUGGAGGCAUUGGCCGUGCCUGAAGAAUUGCAAGCGGGCAGCAAGGCUGGGAGUGAUGUGUGGGAAUCCUGGCCUACCGUGGGCCUGGGUGGUGAACCUGCAGAACUGCUAGCACCUGCUUACCAAAAAAAGUCUAAGGAAAAAAAGAAGAAAAAGUCCACUCACCAGGAAUUGGAGGCAUUGGCCGUGCCUGAAGAAUUGCAAGCGGGCAGCAAGGCUGGGAGUGAUGUGUGGGAAUCCCGGCCUACCAUGGGCCUGGGUGGUGAACCUGCAGAACUGCUAGCACCUGCUUACCAAAAAAAGUCUAAGGAAAAAAAGAAGAAAAAGUCCACUCACCAGGAAUUGGAGGCAUUGGCCGUGCCUGAAGAAUUGCAAGCGGGCAGUGAGGCUGGGAGUGAUGUGUGGGAAUCCCGGCCUACUGUGGGCCUGGGUGGUGAACCUGCAGAACUGCUAGCACGUGCUCACAAAAAGAAGUCUAAGAAAAAAAAGAAGAAAAAGUCCACUCACCAGGAAUUGGAGGCAUUGGCCAUGCCUGAAAAAUUGCAAGCGGGCAGUGAGGCUGGGACUGAUCCGCAGGAGUACCAGCCUGCUGCAGACCUACAGGGUGAAACUGCAGAAGUGCCAGCACCUGCUUAUAAAAACAAGUCUAAGAAGAAAAAGAAAAAAUCCAGUAACUGGGAAUUGGAGGCAUUGGCCAUGCCUGAGAGCCUUGAGAGUGCAUACCCUGAAGGAUCACAAGUGGGCAUUGAGGUUGAGGCUGUGGAGGGCAGGAGUGCACUGAAAGGGGUCAAGGAAUCCAGCAGUACAAAGAAGAAGUCUAAGAAAAGGAAGCUGAUGCCUGUCAAAGGGGCCGUAGCAUCUGCCGAUGAUCUUCCAGUGUCUAGUAAGAAAUCUGCGAGCACGCUCUUUGAUUCAGUAGAAGGCAGUGGCACUAUGAUUAAAGCAAGUGUGAAACCCAGGCCCCAGCCAAAGAAAACCCAGGCCUAUUCAGAAAACAGGCGUGUGCAAGAGGUACCAAGGUUAGAACCUGCAAAUGAAGAACGCAAUGUGGAAUCAGCUGAAGAUUCCAAAACAAGAUAUUUAUCUGAAAAUUUAGGAGAUGCUGAUGAUUCAGAUGCAGAUUUGGGUUCUGCCGUGAGACAGCUUCAGGAGUUCAUCCCUAACAUCAAGGACAGGGCCACCAGCACGAUCAGGCGGAUGUACCGGGAUGACCUGGACCGGUUUAAGGAAUUUAAAGCACAAGGUGUUGCUAUUAAAUUUGGAAAGUUUUCUGUCAAGGAAAAUAAGCAGUUAGAGAAAAAUGUGCAAGACUUUCUAGCCCUGACAGGAAUUGAGAGUGCUGACAAGCUGCUGUAUACAGACAGAUACCCAGAGGAAAAAUCUGUGAUCACCAACUUAAAAAGGAGACACUCGUUUAGAUUGCACAUUGGUAGGAACAUUGCCCGGCCCUGGAAACUUAUAUACUAUAGAGCAAAGAAGAUGUUCGAUGUCAACAAUUACAAAGGCAGGUAUACUGAAGGAGAUACCGAGAAGUUAAAGAUGUACCAGUCUCUCUUUGGGAAUGACUGGAAAACGAUUGGCGAGAUGGUGGCCCGCAGUAGCCUGUCCGUGGCCCUGAAGUUCUCCCAGAUCAGCAGUCAAAGAAAUCGUGGUGCUUGGAGUAAGUCAGAAACCCAGAAACUAAUCAAGGCUGUUGAAGAAGUGGUUCUAAAGAAAAUGUCUCCCCAGGAGUUAGAAGACGUGGAUUCCAAACUCCAAGGAGAUCCUGAGAGUUGCCUAUCAAUUGUUCGGGAAAAACUCUACAAAGGCAUAUCUUGGGUAGAAGUAGAAGCCAAAGUGAAGAGCAGAAAUUGGAUGCAGUGUAAAAGUAAGUGGACAGAAAUUCUAACCAAGAGGAUGACCAAUGGUCAGCGCCUAUACUAUGGAGUUAAUGGCCUGCAGGCCAAAGUCAACCUAAUUGAAAGGUUGUAUGAAAUAAACGUGGAAGAUACUAAUGAAAUAGACUGGGAAGAUCUUGCUAGUGCCAUAGGUGAUGUUCCUCCAUCUUACGUUCAAACUAAAUUUUCUAGGCUGAAAGCUAUCUAUGUCCCAUUUUGGCAGAAAAAGACUUUUCCAGAGAUCAUCGACUACCUUUAUGAGACUACUCUACCUUUGCUUAAAGAAAAGUUAGAAAAGAUGAUGGAGAAAAAAGGCACUGAAAUCCAGAGUCCUGCAGCACCCAAGCAAGUGUUCCUGUUCCGAGACAUCUUUUAUUAUGAAGACAAUAGUGAAGGAGAGGACGUAGAAAAAGAAAGUUGAAGGCCAGGAGCAGUGGCCCACACCUGCAGUUCCACCACUUUGAGAGGCUGAGGCCGGCAGAUCACCUGAGAUCAGGAGAUGGAGACCAGCCAGCCCAACAUGAUGAAACCCUGUUUCCACUAAAAAUACAACAAUUAGUCUGGUGUGGUGGCGUGCACCUGCAAUCCCAACUACUUAGGAGGCUGAGGCAGGAGAAUCACUUGAACCUGGGAGGCGGAAGUUGCAGUGAGCAAAGAUCGCACCACUGCACUCCAGCCUGGGAGAUACAGCAAGACUCUGUCAGAGAGAGAGAGAAACUGAGAUUACUAUUGCUUGUCCCGUUUUCUCAGUUUGAUUAUAUUUAUAUACAUGUCAGUAAAGCUAUUUUUAGUAUUGAUGUUGAAUAAAUGUACAAUGGCCAGAGGAAAGAGUAUGAAAUGAUCAUCUAUACUCUUUCCUCUGGAGCAUUAAAAUGUAUUACCAUUUAUAUGAAAGUGUAUUUGAAUGUAAAAAGGAAUAUAUGAAUUGAUUUAAUAAAUAAUGACAAGUAAUGGUUUUAA